AGAUGCUCAAGAAAGAGAUGCCACGGAUACAAAUGCUCCACCUGAUACUGAAGCAAAAGAAGUUGCACGAGGCAUCACCAUUAUGAAGGGAAUCAUUCGACAUAGAGACCAAGGAUUAGUAUACCGUUUGGAUUGGAAUUCUGAUAAACAAGCAAUUGGUCCUAAUUCUGCAAAGUUGACAAGCUAUAUUGGUACACUUGUUCGUAUGCAUAUUCCGGUCUCCACAGCUAAAUGGAAUCUGAAAAGCGAAGAGUUGGAUGCGAAAAAAAAAGCGAUUUGGGACGAGCUUCAGAGGACUUUUGAGAUACCAGAUGAUCGUAGACGCUACAUACUUAGUUUGGCCGGCAAAAGAUAUAGAGGGUGGAAAGCUUUUUUGACAAACACCUAUCUUAAGGAUAAAGAUGGAAACUUUCUUGAAGAGGCACCGGGACGGCCAAAAAAGUAUGAGAUCUUCAUUGGUGAAAAAGAUUGGGCUGAGUUUGUAAAUCAAAGAGAUGAAGAUUUUCGGAAAAGGAGUGCCACGAAUAGUGCGAGAGCAUCCAAACCCGCGUAUCCAUACAAAAAAGGGCGUAUGGGAUAUGCACGCUUAGAGGAUAAACUUGUAAGUAAAUAGAAAUGCAUUUUAAUUAAUUGUCUAAAUGUGUUUUAUUUGACGAUUUUAUCAUUUGUGUCAA